UAGUGUUUUUUGUUUUUUUAUGCUCAUGCUUAUGUGAAAGGGGAAGGCAAACUUGGAGCAGGGUUACAUUUACAGAGCAGUCGCUCUGCCAACUGGGCUGACCAGGAAGCUAGAGGUGACAGCUUCAGGCUAAAGUGGCAAGUCGAAGUGCAUGCAAAAGUUUUUUUCUGGAAAAGCUGCCGGUUUGAGGGGUUGAGUCUUAUAAAAGAUGCGACUUAUAGACCAGAAAAUAUGGUACUCCCCAUUAGGACACAAUAGAAUGGUUCCACCUCUCCUUCUAUUGCUGGAGGUACCCUUGAAAGUCUUUAAAUACCUAUGAAUUUUUGUCACCGAGACCUGUACAAAUCCUGAUACUUUGCAUUUACCAGAGUGCUCUGAAACAACCAAAUAUGCCAUAAAUCUACCGCUUCUGCUGUGAAGUAAAUAUUUUUGUGUUUCAGCGAUGCUGCUGCGGGUGCAAUUGAGGCAUGAAGUACGGGUCGUGUCUGAGAGGCUGGAUGAAACUGAGCCUCUUAACAAGACCCGUACAGUGUCUCAGACUGCCUUGUCGACGGUGCCUCCAGUUCUUCCUCGGCUACCUGCCGACAAUAUUAAAGAAUUAGAGGCAGCCGUGCGGGAUGAGGCUGUGGCUGCCACCUUGCGCAAGCACCUCCUGCAAAUAGGAGGGAAGUCACUGCGCGAGGUGGCAUCGUAUGCCAUGAAGGCUGUAAUGGCGCACCCCGUCCAAGUGCUUUACAGCCUUCAUAGCAGGAAGGGGAAGAGGGCAUUCAUCAAUUUGAAGUUAUGCCGGAUAGUCACAGAUGUCAUCUGUGCGAAAGGGGGGGGGGCGACCUGACACAAGCACAGGACUUCAUUAAGUGGUUGCCAGGGUCUGUGGACAGUGGUGGUGGCAGGAAGAGGCGUUUCACAGCAACGUUUGCAGCAGAGCAGCCCGAUGAUCCCUCCCUUCAGGGCAGGAAUCAUUGCCUGCCCACUGCUGCCCUCUCCCUGCCCCACCCUUGCCCUCAGGUCCCUGGCAAGUCCACCGUCGGCCCCUCCUGUCCGGCUGCUGCUGCCCCUGCUCCUUCCCUUGCUGCAGCCCCUGCCGCCCCUGCCCCUCCUCCUGCUGCUGCCCCUGGAGCUGAGCACCCCUACUGAUGCCUG